AUGUUGACGCCUACAACAACCACAACGCUGGCAUUCCGUCUCGCCAGCCAUGCUGCGCCCCGAACCGCCCUCCUGACAACGCUCGCACGUGCGACGCCCGCCUGCCAGUACACCACUACCGCGACGCCCUUCGUCAAACCGCAGGGUAUUCUCGCCGCCAGGUCAAUCGCUCUCGGCUCCUUCCGCCGCGCCGCGCCAUCUGCACCGACUUCAAUCCUCUCUCAAAUUACAUGCCGCUUCCAGUCAACAACUUCGAAUACGGCGCGACCCGUGUCCCCUGAGGCAGGCCAGACCCUCGACUGGAACACAUUCUUCAAGCUGCGCAAGACGCGCCGGCGAUGGCAACUCGUGUUCAGCGUGACGAUGCUUGGCGUUAGUGGCACUGCGGGAGCUAUCUUCCUGUCGACCGGCGUGGCAGACCCGGUGCUGUCCCAGAUUCCACUCGAUCCCUUCGUCACGCUGGGCAUCAUGGUUCUGGGCUUCGCAGGUCUCGGCUGGCUUGCGGGCCCUAGUCUGGGCUCUACCGUCUUCAACUUGAUCAACCGCAAGUGGAAGAAACAGAUCACCAACAAGGAGAUUGAAUUCUUCGGCCGUGUCAAGAAGAACCGCGUGGACCCCACCGCUUCGGGCGCUGGUAACCCAGUGCCUGAUUACUACGGCGAAAACAUCUCGAGCGUUGCAGGAUAUCGCCAGUGGCUCAAGGACCAACGCGCAUUCAACAAGAAGCGCACCAACUUUGUCUAG